AUACUGAUAUGUGUGGGUAGAUGAAUAAAGAAUCAGUCUUACAACUAGCUUACGUGUAUUACUUGCUCCUCCGUCCCAAUACAUAUUUUACAUGGCGCAGUCGAUUAAAUCUACGUGAAAUCGGAAUUAUAUAACACUAAAUUACGGUCCGUAUCCGGUGUCAUAAGGAAAUUGAGUGUUAAGUGCAUAAAAUAAGUGUAUGUCCUAUGUGAAAUUAAACUAACCUAUGAACAAUGGAAGCUGUGUUACAACCACCCGCGCCGUUUCUAUUUGAGAACAAUAUUUCAAGUGUUACUUCGGGAAAUUUGAGUAAGGCGUGGCAAAACUGGAAAAAUGCGUUUAACAUAUAUUGUGAGGCAUGCGAACUUCAUAAAAAAGAAGAAAAGGUGAAAACUAAUAUUUUAUUGCACGUCAUCGGACCCAAAUGCAGAGAGGUAUAUCAGCAAUUUAAAGUGAAACCAACGACCUUGCAGGCGCUUUUAAAAGAAUUUGACGAUUUCUUUUUGCCUAAAACUAACACGACAGUGGAGAGGCAUAGAUUUUUCACGAGGGAACAGAAACCACAAGAAUCAGCGGAACAAUACGUUUUUGAACUUACUAAAAUGGCUGCCAAGUGUGGAUUCAAAGACUUAUGUGAUGACCUUGUAAAAGAUCGUUUGAUUUGCGGUAUACGAAAUACUACUCUGCGUGAACGUUUAUUAAGGGAGCCAGAUUUAAAACUUAGCUCUGCGUUGGAUAUUUGCCGUUUAGUGGAGAUGUCGCAGGUGCAAGCCAGUACUAUAAAACCAGAAUCGGAGACACAUCAUGUUCAUGAAUUGAGCACGAAUUCUGGUACAAAUAGACAUGAAGACGUUGAGGAAGCGGUAAACUGGGUAAACAGUUCGCAUUGUCCUUGUGGAGCUCGUACGGUGAGAAGUGCGCCCCCCACCCCCGCAGCCGCCGCCCCCGGCUCCUGGGAGCCGCGCGGGCGCCGCCGGCGCGGUCGCGGACGUGGAAGAGGUCGUCGCGCUCCUGCUGCAGUCCCCGUACAGGCGGACAGGGCUCAAAGUCCUGGAUAUAGUAACGUCUCGACUCAUCAUUCGCGGUCAUAUCAAGUUGUGUCCGGCGAGGUUCUCUAA